AUGGAUGUUUCAAUCGGUUCAGCUUUUCAAACGUCAAAUGAAAGUUCACGCAGAAAAAAACGUCGUUUAGCAACAGAUGAUUAUUCUUUUGCUACGUCUGAAAAUUUCGACACAACUGAUAAAAUGGAGGAAGCCAGAAGUAAUUUUUUCAAUAUGGUGAAAAGUGGUGAAAACUUCGAUAUAGCUAUCGAUAACUGGAUAAAAAUCUAUGAAAAUCAUCCAGAUAAUGCUUUACAACAGUUACAACAGUUUUUCAUUUCAUGUUGUGGAUGUGAAAGAAUGAUAUCCUCAUUUAUGUUGCAAACUAUGAGAUACGAUGAAAUAAUUCUCCAAAUGACUGAGCAUUUCGUUGAUGAUGCGGAGAAUUAUCCAUUGGUGAUGGUUGGUCCGAAGUUUUCGGAUUUUAAACAAAAUUUUGCAGAUUUUAUCACGUUAUUUGACAUAACUUGCCAAAUAUUAACAUUGUUCCCCAAGUUAUUUGUCAAUAAGGGGGAGGCAAAUUAUGUCUCUGACUGGCGUAUCAUGGAUGCUGUUAUAAAACUACUUACUGCUCUCUCUAAUAGUCAGGUUCAAGCGUUCAGACAUACCUCUACUUUUGCUGCGAUGAAAUUAUUAUCAGCUUUGAUCGAUAUUGCAGUUCCUCAAGAAAAAAAUGUCAUGCAGAUUGAGACACGAAAGGAUGAAUCAAAGACGAAAGAUACCAGCAAUCAUUUACGUUCAUCAAUUUUUAAUGAAUGCGAGUUGGUUGAAAAAAGUAAUAUUUAUAAAAUGGUUUCUUACCUAUUUAAAAACGUUUUCGUUCGUCGUUAUCGUGAUUUUUUGCCUGAAAUCCGCAACAUUUGCAUAAUCGAGCUUGGAAAGUGGUUAAAAUCUUAUCCAGAAAUUUUCUUGAUUGAUUCUUAUCUAAAAUAUAUUGGUUGGCUGCUUCAUGACAAGGUGGUUAGUAAAAUUCGGCUCAGUUGUGUUACUUCCUUGCUUCCUUUAUAUGAUCUUCCGGAAAUGGCCAAAAAAUUGGAAUUUUUCACCAACAAGUUUCAAAAACGUUUCGUUAGUUUGGUGAUGGAUAAAGAUUAUGAAGUAGCAACGUUUGCUUGUAAACUUUUAACCGGAAUUUGCAGUUUAUAUUAUAAUAUUAUUAUAGCAUUAUAUUAUGUUAUUAUAUUAUUAUAG